ACUCACCAAGUCUUUACCCCUUAAGCCCCCGCCACAAGUUCUAUCCAUGGCUACUUCGUCUUUAUCCUUCUUUCUGUCCCCUCCGCGACUCCGAACCCAUCUCUCUAAAGCCCCUAAAGAUCACUAUCUCCUCCUCUCUCUUCUUUCAAUCCCCAUCCCCUCUCGAUUCUCAUUUCCUCUUCGUGCUUCCAGAAAAUACCCUAACUACUCCAAGGAAGCGGUGGUAGUUGUGCCGGACCCUCGCGCUUGGGUAGGCGACUUCGGCGGUUCGGAGGACGGUUGUGAUCUUGACGACGACGAUGAUGAAGAGGAGGACGAUGACAGGAGCUUGGACCUUUUCGCCCGAUUGUUGCAGAACACGUUCAGGAAAAUAUCCCGGCAAGCUCGAAGGGCCGUUCGAUCAGUCUUGCCCCCUUCAAUUUCCACCAAAUUGGUGCGAUUUACGGUAAAUGGGGUGUUGAUGCUGGCUUUUUUAUGGCUUCUAAAAGCGUUUCUCGAGGUGGCCUGCAUGGUGGGAAGCAUGGUGUUUGUGAGCAUUCUGCUUAUUCGUGGAAUAUGGUCUGGUUUGUCUUACAUGAAGGAAAACCAAUUCCACUACACGAAUAGAAUCAACAAAUUCAACGGCAACAACAGCAACAGUUCAUGGAAUGGAGUUCAACCUGUAGUUUAAUCAAUAUUUGAUAUCUUAUCAUAGGGAUUAAAGGUUUCCAUUCUGAAAAUAAGCGAAGCGAAAGGCAGAAAAGAUUGCUGAACUUUGCCAUUCCUCCAGUGCUGCUUCGGCUAUAUUAGAAAGCUGUAUUCUCUCCUGCCUCUCUCGGUCACUUGUAUGAAAUUUUAGAUACGCAACUCAUCAAAUUA